GCCAGUGGAGGUGAAGUGGGGAUUUCAGGGUGAUUCUUCAGAGCUGGUGAACACAUUAAAGCAGGAGGUGUUGAAGAAAAGAGCCAGACUGACCACGAUGAAGGUCCUGCUGUGGAUUUCCGCUCUGGCAGCUCUUUACUGCGCAGUGGACUCCAAAUACUCGCCACCUAAGGUCCAGGUGUACAGCCGUAACCCUGGAGAGUUUGGAAAGCAGAACACCUUCAUCUGCCACGUGAGCAACUUCCACCCUCCAGACAUCUCCAUCGAGCUGCUGAUGGACGGCGCGGAGCUUCCCAACUCCCAGCAGACGGACCUGUCCUUCAAGCAGGACUGGCACUUCCAUCUGACCAAGAGCGCCGCCUUCACCCCCGAGGACGGACGGAAGACCCUGUGCAGGGUGACCCAUGGCUCCAAGGUCACGGACUUCGCCUGGGAACCAAACAUGUAGCUUCUGGAGCUCUUCUGCGAUCCCAGAUGUCUCACAUUCAGCAGCCAGCAGCAGUCAUUCUCCUCCAGUAAUCCGUCAUGCAGCCCCCUGAAUCAGCAGCCUCUCCAGGCUUCCUCUUCUCUCGUCAGUCUAACAGCAGCCCAGCUGGUGUGAAGGACUGAGUGCUGUGGUCGUCCUCUGUCUGUCCUCUGGGAGCGCUUCCUGCCUGCUUCUUUCAGCCGCUCCGUCCUGAGUGUCUUCCGAGCUGAAAUCACUGAAGGCUUUUGUUUGGAUUCAAGGUUCCAGUGUGUUUUCUUGAUCUUCUGUCGUUGUUUUAACUCUUUUGAUUAGAGUCCUGAGGUAAUUCCUUUUAUUCAGAUGAUUUUUUGACCAGGUAAACUGUCUUGUACAGAGUAAUUAUUUAAAACGGGGUAUUGAAUAAAUACUCUGAAAAAUGUC